CGCAACCGAACCUGUAGCCGCGCAUCAGUCACCGAGUAUUUAUCCGAAGUUUUCAUUUUUGUCCGAAAAAAACCACUAUACACCAUGCAAUCUUCGGUAAGUAAUAAUAUUAAAAUCGUACAUUAUACGGCGUAUUAUUUUAGUCGAUUUAUACCGAAAAGUCCGACAUAAAUUUAGGAGUUAAAUCUGACGAAUUUAAUUAUUGAAAACGGAUUAUGUCUCCUUAGACUCUUUACCAUAGUAUAUGUAAUGAGAAAAACAAUUACAUUUUUUUAACGAAAAUCGUAAACAAAUUUCAUUGUACUUUUAAAAACUAUUUAAAUAUUAACUUUAAGUAUUUUGUCUCUUAUUUAAAAUUAAAGUAAUUAAAACUAAAAAAAAAAAAAAAAAUAAUAAACGUAUUCUAUUGAAUCAUAAUACAUUUUUAAAAUUGAAAUUCGCCAAACGAAAUUUGUACAGUUUUGUUUUUAGAUUUUUGGUUUAAAUCGGCAUAUUCGUCCGUAAAAACGGUCAUAUUCUUUCUCUUAUGUGGGUAUCGAUCGGUAAAUUAACAGAAAUUCUUUUUAAUACAGCGAUCGCUGAAAUGUAAAAAUAAAUUUUAAAUUUUAAAUGAUUGUUGAAAAUUUGAAAAACCAAUUCCAUUAAAUUUAUUUACAGUGCUGUCCUAAACAUAUACACUAAUAAUAAUUACGUACAAAAUCCUACAUUGUGUGCCUGAAAAAUGAGAAAAUUUGUAAAGUUUACUGUUUUAUAAUAUAUAAUACAGUAUAGAAUAUUGUAUUAUUGAAGGUAAUCAUAAAACGCAUUUUGAUGUAAACUAGCAAUUUUUUUUUGACCGACCAAUUAGAAUAAUAUACAAAAGCCGUAUAUAAGUAGAAUGCGUUAUAAUAUCUGUUCUAAUGAUGAUAUAGUUGCGAAUCCAAACUGCAGUGAUUGUUAUCUGGUGCUCUCCACUUUAGACAUAUAAUAUGUAACAUAUGUCCUGUCGUUCUCGUGAAUAUUUUCAAAUUUCUAUAGUAAAAUACAAUGGCUAUUAUCAUUUUUUCAUAUCGGAUUACAGUUCCGUGGUCUAGGGAAUUCGUGAGUACCGAACAGAGCGCGUUAUUGACCGACGACGAUGACGACGACGGUUGUGUUAGUGUUACUUAAAAUCGAGAGACAUCGUCGUUCGUCCGUGUAUCCGCUCGGGACACGCGCCCCGUGUCUGUUGUAUACAGCCAAACUUGCACCAGGUAUAGUUAUAAAACUGUCCGAAAAAAAAAAAAAUUACAUCCCCUUCCGGUCAACGAACAAUUAUUGUCACCGUAAUCCGUAUCGUUGCACGAAAAUGUCCGUCCGACGCGCGUGCCAUCAAUUUACCUUAUAUUAUACAGGGCGUUUCUGAAACGAAUGGUGAAGCACUAUAUACCUACCUAUUAUUUUAAAUGCGUACUGUCGGACCGGUGUCCGAAUCACAAUAUUUUUGGUAGUUUUUUCCUCGUUUUUACCUCCGAAAACUGGAUUUAAACAUUUUCCUACUCUUAGAAUAUUCUUGCAAGUUCAAAAAAAAAAAAAAAAAAUAUUCCGUGAUAUUUCUUGCAAGAAUUUCAUAUUACACAAAUCGAUACACCAUCUUUGAACAUUAUCGUUAGAUUUCGUCGUAAAAAUAACGCUUUAUGUCGCCAGAAUAAAAAUAAAAGCGAUGUGACGAAUUUAUUCGCAAGAUGAUUUUACAGAAAACAUCAUAAAUUGUUUGUCGUUGAAUUUAAUUUGCAAAUAAAGUGUAUUAUUUUCGUUACCUUGAUAAUUUUACUGCGUAUUUAUAUUAGAUAUCAAUACAAAAAUUCUACCACGUAAUUCCCAGAAAAAUGAUCUUACAAGCCGUUGUCACAUCACUGUUUUUAAAAAGUGUUUAUGAGCUUUACAACCGCGUGAAAAUAAAUGUGCAAAGAUUUUGUGAUAUAUCAAUUUGUUUGAGUUCUUUCCCGGAAAUACUACUGGAAUAUUUUAUCUUAAAACUCAAAAUAUUCUAAGAGUUAAAAAAAUAAAAAUCUUUAAAAUCCCAAUACUUUUCUCACUUCGCUUAGGUUCUGAAAUACAAAUUUCGGAGAUAGAAAACAAAUUUUAAAAAAUACCUUCAUUCGGAUACUCCACCUAUUUGCUAUAAUCUCAUCAUUAAUUUCUAAAACAUUCAACAACAUUGUAUAAUAAUAUAUUUGUUUCAGUAAAAACCCAAAAUAAACUUGAACUAUUGAAUUUACUAUAUUCUGAGUAGUUUUUACUGAAGGACAUAGGCACUGUUAUGAACUGUAUUUUUUCAUUCUACAGUCAACAAUAUUCAAACGUACAUUAUUAUAAUACAUAAUUAAUCAUCUAAAAUCAAAACAGAUUUUCUUAAAUGUAUUCUAGUCGUUUAUAAAAUAUGUAUUACUUUUGCGUGCACGUAUUCAGGACCAAUUUUCUGGGGGAGGGGGAGGUUAAAAUAUUUUUAAUUCACGAACUUGUAAUUAGUCUUUGUUAUCUUAUAAAUAUAUACCUACUUUGGAAAUUUCGUUAGAGUGGGGUGUUGAACUCCUAAUCCCCUAACCGUUCCCGACCCGCGGUAUACGGACUUGUACUGUUGUAUUGAAGGUUUUAUUGGGAACAGAGCCAGGGAGACAACGCAAUCUUAUUGAAAAUAAGAAAAAAUACGUCGUGAUUUAAUUAUAAAAUAUUGUUUGUUUAUGUUUUUGUCAAAUUAUAGACACUAUUAUGAAAUGGAAAUAAAUUAAAUAUAUAUUGUUGAUUUUUGUACGGGAGGGGGGAUCAUAUGGAGUGUAAUACACCCGGUCCAUAGAUAAAAGACUGCAACCGUGUAGCAUGCGCAACAGGCGAAUAAAGUGUUAAUAUUAUUUAUAGUCAUACACUGUAUAUUGUACAAUAUAGCUGUUCUAUCACACAGAACCGGCUUGGAAAAUAUCGAUGUUCUGUGCAGUCAUUUUCGCGGGGCCUUAAUAAACUUUUUUUUUUUUUGCUUUUUCGCCUUCUAAAACCAAGUGUAGGUAAAUUUGUAUAGUAUAAUUCUUCUUAGUUCCUUCAUAUUUUAGUUUGCGUUUUCCUAAUAAUAAUCGAGUGAAAUAACCAUCUAACAGCGCAAGUGCACAGCUUGCACAGCCCCCAAACCGGCCCUGUUUCCGUGCCGUGUCAUAUUUUAAGCAGUCUCGCAGUUUUACUGACGCGCGACGUAAUAAAUUUUCGCUCAGCAGGGACAACUCUGUGCUGUUUUGAUAUUGGAGUGGUUCGGCCUAUUAGAAAACUUAAAGACAAGAACAUUAUCCGUGUUAUGUCGCCGUUUCAACGUUUCGGUUUUUAAACGAGACACGGGCGUGUAAAAUAUCACGACUUAAAAAACGCUUUUAUUUCGCUUAAAAAUUUAAACCCAACCGGCGACACGACAUAGACAAUGUUGUUAUCUGUAAUCGUGAAAAUAAGUAGAUUUUCCGUGAUAUUAAUAAAGUUAACAGCACAGAGUCGGUUCUACUAGAACGGACAUUUGCUAUACCGUGGUAUCGUAAGACAGAGACAGCGCAUCUGGGCAUACGUCCUUUUAAUGCGUACACAUAUUUUACACACACAUACACGCAUAGACGCACCGCGCACAUAAAAUAGUACGAUUAGCUCAGACGCUCGGCGGCUGGCCGGUAAUCAUUCUAAACUUUGGGAGCAAUGUGUUAACGGAGUGUAGGCGUUCGGUGUGGUUUGACUAAUAUGCUUUUAUUUUAGUUAUUUACAUUUGUAUGCGAUUUUUACUAGAAACACAACGCAAGUCGGUAUAGAGUCCAACGAUUGUUAUUUGUUAUCGUAUCGUAUGCAUUUGCGUACAUUUUUUUUUUCAAAUUUACUUGUAUAGCGAUCAUUUUUAUUUCACGCGUAUUUCUAAAUAUUCAAGUUUUUGUAACUCAAUGUCAGCUGUGUGUGUCUCAGUUUUAUGUAAGAUAUAGAUGUAUAUAUGGUAGUGAAAAGUAAUGUAAAAUCGUAACAUAAUAGUUUCUGUUAGUUACGAGAUAUAGUGAAGCAGUUUUUCGGCAGCUUUUAAAAGAAAAAUGGUAUUGGUGACUGGGGGUUCAUGCAAAUAUAUCUGGACGGGUACUAAGUGAUUGCUUCCAAAAAAAUAUUAUACUGAAACUGUUGUUAUAUUUCCAUAUCGAAAUCUAAAUUCGGAUCUUAUUUCAAAAAAAAAAAAAAAAGUAGCCGUCAAAAUUUGAGUGCUUUAAUUUUUAAAUUAUAUAAAAUGCAGAUAACAGAUAGUGUCUCGCGAAUAUUUUAUAUCAUUUCUGAUUGAUGGCGUAUUUUAGUCGUAGUAGAGUUUAAAUAUUACUCCCGCCACGUUUAAACGGUAUUUACUUUUUUUUUUUUUUUUUUACGGUAUUAAAAAAGAAAAAUGAAAAAAAAACGCGAGUGCGGAAACUUCCAGAAAGUGCCCUUUUAAAAGGCAUACGCUUCAUUAUUGUAGGCGCUUUUACACACAAUUUUACUCGAAACCGAAGUUAUAACCUUUCAUUUAAAAUGUUCAAGAACAAUAAUGAUUAUGUACAUGCGCGUAAUGAUAUCAUACGGGUUCGUUUAGCCUUUGAUAUUAUUAUUAGCAAACAAAUAUAUAUAUUAUAAACUGGCAAAACACUGUAAGACACGUGAAAGUUUACGAAAACGCGUUUAAUAACAGCGUGCCUAGUCAUCUUCCGCGAUUACAUACGUAAUGUAGUUUACUGGCAAAAAGUCGAAUGCAAAGUGCAUAUUAUAUUGACAGGGAAAAAAAAAAAUUAAUUUUCCUCUUGAGUUCUUCUAGAAGUUCCAUACAUGUCGUAAAUUAGUUAUACGUUAUAAUAUAAUUAUUCGCGUCCGGAAUAACGACACGUUGCAAAAUGAUAUCGGAUGUUUUUAACGCGUACAGAUAUUAUUUAAAAUGUUUGCAAUUAUUUCAAUACAAACAAAAAUCGGUCACAAUAUUUGCGUUUAUGUAUAUUUAAAGAAUUAAACUCGAACCGAAGUGAAAACGAAACACAAUGGAUGGACAUACUUCGCAUUACUGAUGUGACACUACAGUUCGCAGGUGGCAAGUUGGGAAGGUAGGAUAUAUUAUGGGGUUAUAUCAUUGAUGUUUGUACGCGACAACAGAUUAUAGCUGACCAAAAGCGGUUUUAAAUGUUUGGCUAUACGUGUUUAUUAAAACUUAAAAUGAAAAUUGAAAUAAUUAGUACUUACAUGUUCACAAAUAGAAAAUAAAUUAAUGUUGUCCAAAAUGUUUACCGACAUUUUCGGAGUUAUAAAAGUUAGCCAUAAAAACUGGAUAAUAGUUUGCGAAAUUUUCGAUUUCAUUCACAUUUAUAACUUUAAACUCUUAUAAAAGAAAAAACAAAAUGAAGGCUACAGAUUUUUGAUAUAUUUAUAUUUCCAUAACAACAAUUUAUCCUGAACCUUGUAAUGUUCGUUGGUAAUGUAAAAAUCGAAUGUUUGUGCAUUUAUAUAAAACCCACAGUAUACUAUUCACAUAAGACCAAACGAAAGCUAAAAAAACUAGCUAUAUAAUCUAAAAAUAACUCAAAAAACGUCAGAAUUUUAUUCUGAAUUGUACAACGGCUAGAAAGAGCUCAUAUCAGUAUUCGGUAAAAAAUGUCAGGUUACAACGAUUAUUUUUAAUCAAAUCGCAACACAAAAAAUAAAAUCGAAAAUAACCGUAUUUGACGGUUUUCCAAUUAUUAAUUUAUGUAUUAUGAAUACAAAAAUAGAAAAUUUAAAAAUAACACUAAUAAACAAAAUUGUCCAAAAGAAACCACCUUUAAAGUGGAUAUACAGAGUGAUCAAUUUAUUGUUAUUUAUCAUCUCAGAAGUAUUAACUUUUUUCGGAAUUUAAUUUAUAGAACAUUUAUGAAACAAGCAGUACUACAAUUUUACUUUGGUGUUAGUUUAUGUCACCCUUAUUUUCGAGGGUAAACAACUAUCUAAUUUUGAUUUUCAAAUAGUGAUCUAUAUUAAUAAUUCCAUAAAUAGAUAGAAUCAUAGUUAAACGAGAUUUUGGUGUUGACGUUUUUGAUUUCAGUCAAUCCGUUGAUGAGAUAUUCCAGUUUUAAGUUAAAGUUGUGGGAGAGCAUCAGUUGUGUGACGGCACGGUGAGCGGCGUUUUAAUAAUACACUAAAUACUCUUCCCCGAGAUUACCUUAAAAGUGUAAUGUCUUGUCAACGGUUUUAUCGAAAUGUAAAAUUGUUGAGCUGUUUGUUACUUAAAUAUUCUUUAUAACAAAUUCCCAAAAAAGUAAAUACUUUCCGAGAUAAUGAGUGUUUUACGAUUGAUUGAUCACUUUGUAUAUUCUACCUUCCCAACUUCCCACCAAAAACGGCGGAACAUUAUUUACCCUCAGCUUUAGGUUUUUUUUUUCAUUCUCGAAUAUUUACAUAAUUUUAAUUUUUUUAAUAAAUCGAGAUUUUUAUUAUAUUUAAAUUUAUAAUUUUAUUUGGAUUUAAACAAAUAAAUGCGUGCGAUAGGUUACGCGAUAUAUCACACAUAUACAAACGGACAGAAACUUCAAAACUUCCUUUUAUUAAUAUUAAAUAUAUUAAAUAUAUUAUGUUGGAAAACUUCGAUUAAAUAUUAUCUAAUGGAAAUAUUUAUGUCGAUAUUGAAGGAAAAAAUUGUACCUACUACUUUCUAAUAUACUUUUUUUUUUUUUUUUUUGACGUGUGCAAUUUUAUAUUAAAAUGACUCCAGCAGGUCAAAAUCAAUUUCUGAGGUGUAUUAUAACGACAAUCGUGGUUCGAAAUCGAAAAAUGCGUGUGACGUUCAAAUAUCGAAUGGAUUUGUCAACGCGUAUUUUUUUAUUGUUGUUGGUCGAUUACUUGGUCCCUAACCGCGUGGAUUAGUCACGUGGACGUGUAAAUAAAGCCACUCAAGUCGAUGGUAUAAAAUUAAAAAUUAAAAGUUCCCGAACCGCGUAGCGCUCGUUCUCGCUUUCAAAGUAAAUAUAUAAUACUGUUAGGGAAAAAAAGAGACUAUUUCAUUCAGAAAUCGCGGAGAGACUUUAAAACUUUGACAAAAGAAAACGGAAGACGAAUUAUUAUUUCUCGUGGAUGCUCGUGGACUUGCAGAUGCUGCUCAAAUAUCUGAUAUUUGAAUUUAUUUUUAUUUCACGUUGACAAUGUUGUUUUGGAACUAACGAGUCAAUAAAAAUAAAAAAAUAAAAAAACCAAGACUGUUGCACAUACAGGGUGAUAUUUAAAAACCGUGUUUAUUGAUUUGAAUGAUUUAAUGAUGGAUUUGUAUCGAAUUCUAUUUUUAUAGUAUUUCCAGUUUACUGAGAUACAUAUCAUUAUUUCAGCGUUACCUUAUAUAGUAGUAUCAAUGUUUUACUUUUGAAUGAGGUCAUUACAUUAUUCCUAUGCUUUUUACUAACUGUGCAGUUAUAUUUUUAUUUUUUGAAAUGUUUAGUAUAUUGAAGCUUGAAAAAAAAAAAACUUUAGGAAACACCUGCAAACAUCAACUUACCGAUGAAAUGUUUUCAUUGUGCAAUUUUUAAGUCACCUAUUAUAUUCAAUUUCCGAUGUGUGUUAAAAUGUAUAGACACAUAAAUGCGACUUUUCUUCGGAGACUUAAAUCUUAACUUAUAAAGAUAAAAAAAAAGAGCUGAUACUGGGUAUGGAAGCGGCCACUGUUGUAGGUUAGAAGUUGAGAAGAUAGGAUACAUAAGAAUAUUACAUUUAUAUCUGUAAUAAAUGAUAAACCAUUGCUUGACGAAAGAAAAUUCUGAGCUCAGUUCGGUAAUACAUAAUUUUGAAGUGCCGUAUUUUUUUUGCGAAUUCGUUUAAAUUAAUUUAAUCUCAAAACGCUUAUUAAAAAAAAAGUCGUUCGAUGUUUUUGAAAAUUUUACUACAUCUGGGUAAGUCCAAUAUAUAAGUGUUAUAUAUUACCAAGUUUCAAGUCUCUACCUAUAUUUAUAAUUGAAUUACAUCAAAAUAACUCCUAAAUUUAAAAUUCCUCAAAAGCUCAAAAGUGGCUCAAAAGUUUUGUCAAUGAUACCGGAAGAAAGUAAAUCAAAAAAGUAACAAAAAAGAUAUCUUGUGAUUUUUCCAUUAAAUUUAUUAAAUAUUAAUUUUUCAUUUUUACUGGUAGAAAACGUCGUCCGUGUUUUUGUAAAAUAAAGAAAUUGUGAAAUUGUACGUUUUCUUACGUUUUUUUCCCACUUAAGUGCUUUUAUUUAAAAAAUGCCGUCAAAAAUCAAAAAAUGACUCAGAGUACCAUUUAGACACCUUGAGCUUUCAGAAAAGUUACUUAACAUAUAAAUCGGAGCAAGUUUACUAGGAAAAAGCGUGUCCACACACUAGUACAAAGAACAAAGAAGAAAUAAACAGCAUUGUUAAACCAAUAGCUUCUUCAUUACGUUCGGUAUCUAAAAUUAUAAUAAUAGCACGUCAAAAUAAUAAAAAGAAAGGCAAACAAUUAUUACUUUCUUACAUGUUUGUUUCAAAUAUUAUCACAGUUAAAUUACAGCUAUUAUAAAUCUGAAAUUAUUAUCGUCCCCGGAAGAAUAAAAUACAGGAUAUUUCUGCAGCUGUUUUUAUUCUUUUGCAGGGUUACAGGACACAGUGAAUCGGUUAAGAUAAAGGUUAUAAAUAAAGGACGGGCCUUUUGGAAUACAGGACGUCCGAGCUCGAUAUAUUAUUGGUGUCGUUAGUAAAAAGGCUAAAUACCUAUUCGUCGGCAUUUGCGCAUUUUAAACGAAUUAAUGUCCGGCCGAAAUCGUCGGGAAACGUACGGUUAAAACACGGAUACGGCGGCGGGUGGACGGAAAAUUAAUCACGUGUCCUGAUCUCUGCGCCGUACGUGACUGGACGGAUCACAAACUUUUGACAAUAAUAAUUUUCAUCAACCGUUGUAAAUUUAUUAUAUUUUCAGUCGACCGCACGGCCAAAGUGAACCGCAACAAUGUAAGUAUAACAAGUUGUUUGCCAAAUACCGCGCCGCGAAUCGGUGACAAUAUAAUGAUGGCAUAAAACCAGCGUUAUCAUAAUCAUUCAAUACACCGACUGUAAUUAUCUGUUAAACAAUAUCGGCUAUUAUAUAUACACACCAAUACGUUUUUGAUAACAAUGCUACGAGUACGGUCAAAAAUUAAUUUAACCGACACGGACAGCACGUGUUCGCCACUCACCUACCCGUCCGUUCAAUAACGCGGUUUUUAACAAAAUUUUAAAUACAACACAUAUAUUCCUACGCGGCAACAACGAGAAAUACGAAAAGUUUUUAUUUGAAGUCCAUUCAAAACUAUCAGUAUCCCCUAGCCCUUUCCGAAAAUCCCGUUUCAUUCCGAGGUCACCGGACGGACAUGUUUCGUGUUACAUUUAAAAGAAAACACACCGCGCGUAUGUAAUGUAUAUAUUUAUAUGUCUACUUUCUACGGGCCAUGCAGGCUGUUCGCCGCUUCGACCGAAUCCUUUAAUCUCGGUUAUCGUUAAUUCCCUAUCAUUUCCUAUUUCCUAGUCUUUCCAACUCGAUCUAGCCAACGUACACCGUGGCCUUCCACGCGAACGUGUUUUAUUUGGGUCGCUAACCGUGCAGGUUGUUUUAUUAAAUUUCCCUUGGCUCGUCAGAUAUGCCCCGCCCGUGCUAAUCUCCCGAGCACAACACGUUUUCGAAUAUUUCCUUUCAUAUUGUCCUGUUUUCGUGUCGUUUAUAUGCAAUUAUAAUGUAAGCAAAUUUUCAUUCUGUACAAUUUAUUUAUCACGUGGUACACACAUUAAAUUUCAAUGGUCGGCCGUACGACUGAACAAUAAAAUAUAACGAUUCGUUUUAAUGAACGUAUGCAUCUUUUAUUUACUUAUGAAAUUCUCGAAAAAAAGUUACCUAAUUCAAAAUCCCUAAUGUACGAGUAGGUACUUAUUAAUUAUUUUACAACCAUAUUACUGCCACCACUAUUAUAACCGGGUACUCAUACUUUUUGCUGAUUAUGACCGUAAUUAAAGCAAAUUAAUAUAUUCACUACGACUUGUGCGCGUGUGUGUGCAUAAAUAUAUAUAUAUAUUUGAGUAGUUUUACAUGUGACUAAAUUCAAGUACCGAUGUAAUUUAUCGAUAUCAAUUAAUAUAGAGGUACUCGUGGUUAUACGUAAAUAAAACAUACUCAGUACACACACACACACACGCGCAUUUUAUUAUAAUAAAUGUGUAUAUAUUAUAUUGUAUUAUGUGUUAUUCCCAAAAUCGUUUUGAAAUUGAAUUAUUAAAAUCGGUUAACGAUAAUAUUAUGGUUUGAUUCCAAAAAAAUGUUUAUAAACAAAUUCACCAAAAAAAAUAAUAGUGGGGGUACGGUAUUUUUAAAUAAAUAUACCCGGCAGUUACAAUUGUAUUUUAGAUUCUGAUCGGAUCGUGUGUUUACUACGACCGGGUUUAGCGUAUGCAUGCUUUUUCGAAAUUAGUUUUGUCUUUUUUCGCUUGGUAAGUUAAAUCGUUCCGGUAUUUCACGUUGCGAUAUUCACUAUAUUCACGGCAAAUAGGAAAUUCAACGGCAAUUCAAAAGAUAAUUUUUUGCAUUCCCUAGUGAAAUACAAAAAAAAAACUUUUCUCUUGACUGCGAAGCAACACAAAAACGUACGCGUUUAAAUAAUAACAAUUGUUAACGUCACUCAGAACUGUGUUUCGAGUACGAUAAGUUUCGCGUUAAAAUUAAAAAUAUACCUACCUACCUAAUACCUACUGUUAUAUAACAAUAAUGAUUCUCUGUGUCAAGACACGAACGAAGUGAUGAAAAGAGUGCCAAACAAUGAAAUAACUUCCCAUUUAUUUCUUCUUCAAAUAUUAUGACGCAUGAAUAGUGAAGUCCAAAAAGUGUCAAUAACUACAUUAUUUUUCGUUCUUUUAAAAAAUGUAUCGUCAAAAACUUUCCGACUUUGCGUGUAUGUGUAGGUAUAGUGACGGUUCAACAAAUAGGGUCUCGAAGGUCAUUUUCUGUGAAAGGACACACAUACUGACGCGCACACAAACACAUGUACACAAAAUGGAAAAAAAAGCCAACUCAGGUAAAUCCUCUUAUAUAGAAUGUUUAGCAGCAAUAUAUUAUGCGAAAUAAAAUAUUUAAGGGGAAAAAAAUGAAAUGAAUAAACGUAUACGCGGCUCCAACAGAAAGCUGUCGACGCAAAUGACCGGCAUUUAUUAAAACACAGAAAGACGAGACCGAGAGAGAAUGAAAACGCUUGACGAAUAAAUUACCUCACGAAUCCAAUGAAUGUUGUGGAUGAGAAAAAAACGAAUAAUAAUAUUUUAUACUCAUUGAAACGAUUAUCGUAAACUCGCCCGCGUUAAGUCCAAUUAUUAUUAUCGAGGACGAUUGGAACAAGCGCUUCGCUACGCUAUGUGUUGUUAUCGGUUCGAAAUUAUCCGAAGAAUUACCAAAAUCUACUCUUAAAAACCACUAGUACAUUUCCGGGCGUUUUUAACAUUAUCACUGCGCUCUCCGUACACUAUACUGAUCAUGGCUGGGUCACUGAUAUUUUUCGGUUACAAAUCGAUACGAUUUUUGAUUCGAGUUUAUCGAAACUCGCUGAACCUUUACGUUAUUGGUUCCAUAUAAUGGGUCGUAAUACUUAUUGGCCGCGGACACUAAUCCAUUUUAAACAAUGCUCUCGCACGCUACUGCACCGGCUCACCAGCAGCAGAAUGGUUUUUUCGGUUAUUUUAUUUUUGUCCACGACGAAAUUCUUUUGUGAAAAUCGGACCGGCUGACCGCGGUUAUCGCACCGCGGCGAACGGGUAACGUCGACGGGAGUGGUAUUCCGGGUCGACCGCCUCUACCGCGACGUGACGACGGGCUAUCAAUUCGCUCUCAGCGCCGCGGAAAACCAUGUGGUAGCCGAUCCCGUCGGAUUAAUGGCGCCCCAGAGUUUAUUUAAAAUUGUACGUCAUCGGCUACUGGACGGUGGUUAGGAAGUUUUCCCGCUCACAACAGUUUGUACAGUGAUCGCCCGUAACGUAAGACACCAUCAUUAUCUCGGAAAGCGUUAACAGUUUUCGCGUUUCGUUUUAUAGAAACCUUAGUAGAAACAAGUAGCUCUAAAAUGUCAAAUUACCGUUAUUUUCGUUACUCUUAUUUUUCGAGCGUGAAACCACUGUACCGACUUUUGAUUUUUGAAUAGAAAAUUAUACUAAAUUCCGAAAAUAGAUAAAGAUUUAGUGUAAAUGUACAUUUUGCCGUUGACGUUUUUAAUUUCCGUUAAUCUUAGGAAAAUAUAUUCUAUAUUUAUGCGUGUCGUUUUGCGGCGUGACGUUUGAAUAGUGCUCCACUGCCCUUUUACCCAAAAAACAUUAAACUUAAAAGUGAAAUACCUCUUAAAAAUAGGUUGAUGAAAUUUAAAAAAUGUCAAAAACGAAAUUUAUUUAAACCAUAACUUUAUUUAUUUAUGGAAUUUUUGAUACAGGUUGCUACUUGAGAAACAAUAAUUGUGUAGUGGUUUCACCCUUAAAAAUUCUGGUGACAAAAAACAUGUUAAGUACAAUUUUAGUGCUGCUCAUUUCUCACAUUUUGUAAAAAUCAAAGUCCCAUAAAAAUUAAAAUUUUCCGAGGUAAUGCGUGUGUCUUACGAUAAGUUGAUCACUCCGUAUGUAUGAGCACGCUCUACUAAAACAAAAUGGAAAUUAAAAUGGACGUUUUUCGUGUAGGUGAUUUUAAAAAAAAAAUUAAAAUUUAUCAAUUCCGAUAUUUUCGAAUUUGAAAAUUUUAAAAAAUAUAACUUUUAUCAUUUAUACAUUUAUUUUUUGAUUAUUUAGAUUUGAGUGUUUACAUAAUUUUUCUUUUGUUUUUCCUCGGAAAACGCUUGUUUUAAAAAUAAUUCUUCGAAUUGAACAUAUCGUAUCCGCAUCGCUUAAGAUGCGGAUUUAUUUCUCGAUGAUGGUACUCUAUGUUUGAAACAAUUUUCGUAUGGAUUUUCAAAAGUUUUUCGUAAAAGUCACAAAUACUGACAACAAAUGACGAUGAUACAUAUCGGUUUCAGAUUUAUUGAUUUCUGGGUGGUCUACUAGGGGAAAAACACCGCUUAGACCAUGGCCUUAUCAUUUUACCGUGGUCUGCUCAGGAUCGUUUUUCGAUUGAAACGUUUUAACGUUGAUUUCAGUAUAUAAACUAAAAUUAAUCUAACGUCCCUUGUUAAUCAACCUGUAACCUUUCCGAGUAUCCAACAAUAACGUAUAGGCCUGGCCAUUUUUUUUUUACGCAGUACAUACGGCUUUUUAAAAUUCACUUUUCGAUUAAGUAAUACAUUUUAAACGUUGUAAUAAUUUGUUGAAAUGAUAAUUUACACGUAAGGUCUAUAAUUAUUAAACUAAUUUUGAUUUGUUUUCACGAUAUUGGGUGUCUAAUAACAUUUCUACAUAAAUUAUUUGGUAACACUCCUAAUAUUUAUACGAAUAUAUUAUGUAUGUUAUUUAAAACUGAAGUUGGAGUAAUAUAUUAUUAUCUCACAUUUUAUAAGUACAAAAGUAGAAAGCCGUACGAUAAUCUCAUUGUCGGUAAAAGUUUUUGAUUGUACGGAUGAUUUAGUUUUCCCGUCGAUAUAACUUUUUACUAUUUCACGCAUCGGACGUUAAAUUUUAGAUGACGGUAAUAAUUUUCGUUCGGGUUUUUUUCUAACCAAUUGCAAAUGAAGUAAUCGACGUCAUAAUGAUAUAAUAAACGAUCAUAAUCGACUCAUGUAUGAGUCAAAUCGUAGCUGGGCAAAUAAUGUUUUGAAUAUCCUUGUAGUUUCUUAAUAACUAUAGGAAGGAAAAAAAUAAAAAAAAAAUAGGAACAUAAUUUACGAGUUUUUAUUAAGUUUCAUGUGAACAAUAUCGUUUUAGGCCGGCACUGAUGAUCGAAAAUUUAACAUGAAAUUCACCAAGUUGAACUUAAAGUUUUUAAAAGCGUUUGAUGUUCAAAUUUCCUCAAAAAUUGAGAAAAAAUACUGCGCUUUAAAAAAAUGAAUAUUCAUUUUUUGUGGAAAUAAAAUCUCGUUCACGUAAUUUGUUUUUCGGGGUGAAAUAAUUAUAAAAAAAAAAAAAAUAAUAAUAAUACUUCAAUAAAUGUUAAAAUGUGAAUUCGGUUAAUUGUAUGAUGUGUAUAUAGUUAUUAUUAAUAUACGUAUAGUAUAAUCUGCAUGAAAUAAAAAUAAAUCGACUACGCGUAUGUAUUGUUAUUAUUAUUAUUACGCCACGCCGUAUUGUAUCCUUUUAAUCGAAUAAUGUUUUUUUUUUUUAAAUUUAUAGUUGUGAUAAAAUACUAAAAUUAAAAAAAACAAAAAUAAAAUCGUAAUAAUAAUAAUGUGUAUAUACGCACGUCUCGAAAAUCGCGAACGUCACGUUGAUGUUCAUUAGCUAUAAUAUAUCUGAGGCGAAAGGAGCCGAGCGCAUGGAUAUUUUGAAUGGAGAAAAAACGACGGACUGGGACGCGAAGGUUAUAUUUUAUUAAUGCCGAGGGACAAGCCCGAAAUGCACGUGUGUCCGCGUAGCAAAGUUGAAUAUAUUUACACGCGAAAUGAGCAGUCCGAGUUGGCGGCGGUGCGCAUAACACGGCGGGGAAAUAUUCGCGCGAGUAGUAAUUAUUUCGUGUAGGGGAUAAGGAAAAGUGGGCGAGACGGAGAUCGAUUUCAGAACGGUGAAGGAGAAUAAAUUUCGCCGAAAAUGGGAUCGUGGUUUUCGAAACGGUGCCGUGCGUCUAUAAAAAAGUGGUUUUUUUUUUUUCGAGUGGUGCAAAAAAGUAAUUAUAAAAUUAAACGUUCGCCGACGCUCAUUCAACCGAAUAUAUUUUAUUGAUGGUCGCGAAAUUACGAUUUUUCAGCCCGGCGAUAUCCACUUCGACAACAAUAUUGCUGAUAUUAUGGAUACGCGCGAUAAUAUAUUUUGACGUUGGAUUCCGUGCGUUUUACGUGAUGUUUUAACGCGCUAAAUUACCCGUAUUUUGUUUUUUCUGUAAAAUUUGAUGUAGAUGCUUGUUAUAAUAAUGUAAUUAUUGUAAUUAAUUUUUGGAGACACGAGGUGCCGUCGACGACGGUAUUGAGUUAAAAUCGUAAAUCGUCCCGCAUAAACGUUUUGACAACAUGUGUGAGAAAAACACGAAUCGAAUAAGAACGUAAUGGGAACGGGAUUUGGAAUCCCGGAAAAUAACAAUUUCGAGUAGUCCGAUGAUUACUUUUUUUUCCCACACAAUAGGGAAAUAUAUUUAUUUUUUUUUGAAAAAAUUGUACAGGCUGUAUAUUGUAUACCUAAAUAAUAUUGUUGACUUUAUUAUAAUAAACAGAAAAAAAAAAUAUAUUAUUAAAAAUUGAAAAGACCGCAUUGGAACAACGGUUAUAUGAAUGCGAUUUUUUUUUUUUUUUUUUUUUAUAGUCUCAUUUAUAUAUUUUUUUUUUUUUUUAAUUAAAAACGAAUAUUUUGAAAAUGCUAUAUAGCUUUGCGGAAACGCAGAAGGUUCAAUAUUUCGCCCUUAAACAUAAUAAUAAUAAUAAUAAAAAAAAAAAACUAGCGGUUCAUGCGAAUAAAUUAUUUACAACAACAUCAUAAUCGAGAAGACCCCCCCCCAAAUGCGAGGGGUUUCGAAUAAUAAAAUAUUUAAUAGUUUUAUUACUAUUGGAUAUCCGGCGCGACGCAGCUGAAUAUUACGUUGUAUUAUAAUUUAUAGGCCAGAACAUAAACACGCGAGGUAGAAAUAAAUUUUGAAACUAUAAUAUUGAAUACCUACACACUUUUAAGAGGAUGUCACACCGCUCGUAAUAUUACCGUAAAAAACCGUUUCGGGCGGGAUAACUUUUCUCGCGCUAUAUUUAUAACCGUAGAAAAAUUGCACAACACAUAAAUAUAAAGAACUUUAGCCGUUCCAUACUGUUUACCUAAAUGUACGACGAAAGUUAAUCGUUUUUAAACUUUCGGUUUUUUUUUAUAGUGUGUGGGGGAGUCAUUUAAUCAAAUAAAAAAUACUGUUCACAAGUAUAAAAUAGAUAGACGAUCUAGAAUAUCUACCCGCAGGCCGUCACGCGAAGACGUGACAUCGGGAAUAUCUUUUGUUCUGUUAAAUACGUUUAAGUUUUUUUCUCGUGAUUAUUAUUAGAAACUUGCACUGUGAUUCCUCUGUUUUACAUUAUUUUUUAGUCUAGAAAUAAAUAAGACGUCCUAGAAUAAUGGAGAAUGGUGUAGUCUUUGUUAUAGGUAAUUUAAUUUACAUCUGAAAGCAACGAUAAAGCAUUGCUAACGAAAAUACGAUUUUGAACAUAGUUCAGUUGAUAGUGAUGCUUUGCCAACAAUAUACAUGUCAUAUUAUGACAAAAUCAUAAGAUAGGCAUUAUAUAUUUUCUUUAAUAAUAUUUGUUUAAUGUUGUACUCAUUUUUACGGUUUUUCCCGUUUGCUGGGAAAACUCUUGAUGAAAUCAAAAAAUGAGCUUCCUAUAGUACCUUCAGUCAGAUUUUCUUUCAGAUAAAGAACCUCCUGUUAAAUUUACUAUCCAUGCUGUUCAAUUCUUACAAUUUUACCACACAGUAUCUUUUGAAUAAAUAUUACGUACAAAACUCGCCAGAUUAAAAUGUCUAUAAUAAUAGCUAAAAAGUGGCUUAAAUUUUUUUAAAUUUCACCACGUUUAGAAAAGGCAAACAUAAAUUUUCUGUCUAAAUUUAAAGUCUCUACGAAUAUUUUUAAUUGAAUUACAACAAACAUUGAAAAAUAAUAAAAGCAUUAUUUUCAUAAAUUUCCCGUGUUUCUUAGGUUUUCUCCUAAUUUUUCCCAGAUAUUUUGAAAACCGCUUGAAAAAUCAAAAAAAUGACCUCUCAAAAGUACCAUCUGGACAACACACCUUUUCAGAAAUGGUGCCGCCCGUAUAUAUCUGAGGUAGAAUUUUUGUAUACAGUACAAAAAAAAUAAUAAAGACCUUAGUAAAACUAAUACAUUCCUGGCUAUACUCAGAAUCUAAAAUUUUUGUUUUAAAAUAAAUCGUUUUUACAAAAUCCAAAAUAGCUAUUUAAUAAGUGUAGUUUUUGAAACAAAUCCUAUAUUUGUGUAUAAUAUGAAAUAGAGAAAUCAUAGGGCUCUAGAAAUUUUUUACAAGGAAAAAAAUUAAUAUUAAACAGAACAAGUUAUUUCAGGUACCUCUUCUUUGCGUAUACUCCGUAUGUUUUGAAAUUUCAUUAGCUCUUCUGUGGUAUUGAAUAUAACAAAUGGGGAAGAACCUAACUUUAUUUAGAACUUUUUAAUAUCAAUAAUAACGUGCUGGCAGACCACAGUUUUAAUAACUCAAUUUGAUAUAUGUUAAGUUACAGUAUUAGGUCCGUUGCCAUGAGUGGAGAUAAGGGCACAAUGCCGCCUCCCCUCCUAUACCUAUUAUUUGUCCCACCCUUAACAUUUUUAUCGGAAGACGUCCAUUUUCGAAUUAAUCGUUACAUUAGAAAAGAGAAUAUAAUAGUAUAGAAUCAUAAUACCGUUUGUUUUUCUAAUGCCUCCCUUAUAAAUUGGUUUGCUCCUACCUUCUGAAGAACUGAUCUGGCUACGGGCCUGUACAAUAUGCUUAUUUGUUUUAAAAAUACAACAUGAAUUAUCGUUUAAUUUCGUAUUGUGCUUGAAAUUCGGAGAUAGGUAGAUAGCUAGGUAGAAAAUUUGUUCACAAACACUCAGAUACAUUCACACACACACACACACAAAGAACAUUUCAUUGUAAAACCAAUAAAUUCCCCAUCACUGCACUCAGAAUCUAAAAAUAUAUAAUCGGUUACUAAAACAUAACGUAUACAAUUGUUGUUAUUACAUUGUUAUUACAUCAUAUGUUAAACAGUCUCGUAUACAAUGUAAAAAUUUUACGCGUGAAAAAAAGUUUUGACGCAUACGCGUCUCCGUGUUUCCGAGCACUUUAAUUUUUUCGCGUGAUUUCCGUCUCCCAUCAUAAAAAACUUUCUCCGCACCACACACACAAAAAAAAAAAAACCGUUUUACCGGGCUAAGAUCAUUAUUAUAUUAUUAUUAUUAUGGAUGUACAGUAUCAUAUGAUUUUUAUACAUGAACAACAUAUAUUCAUAUUUUUGUUUUUGUAAAUGACGUGGUAAAUAAAAAAAAAAAUACACAAACAAAAGGAAGGGUAAGAAUUUAUUAUUAUUAAUAUUUUUAUAGGCAACACCGCAGUCCCAAAACGGUCCUCGCCAAAACUCUUGCAUAACACGUGAAUCGCUCGGAUCGACAAUCCAUAACGACAACUCGAUAAAAACGUUUCCUUCGAUGAAAACAUUGACAUUUUUGCGCUCAAUGUUUUGUUCUGCCACUAAGAGUACGAGUUACGGAGCACAAAAAUUAGUAUCGAUCGAAAAUUUUACGAUAUCCGGUCAAAAUCUUUAUUGAUUUUUAGAUUUUGAGGGUAUUUUUUUUUACUGUCCGUAAACAACUUUUCUCCUAGAAUCUCGCUCUAAUUGAAACAUGACAAGAGGCCUUUUUUUUUGCAUUUUAGCUCUAUACAGUCGAUACUUUAGAAAGAACAUUUUUUCGAAUUUUUCGUUAAUAUUCGAGAUAACGAGGAAAAACUGUUUCUUUAGGUUAAAAAAGAUUAAAAAUUGUAUCAUUCUCGUUGGCAACCGUUUUUAUUAAUUUUUCGUGAUUAUUAAGUUUUUAUAUUAUUCUAAUAUAUUUUUAAAUAAUCGUCGCUGCCGCGAAAACGCACAUAUUAUUGAAAAAGCAAUAUUAUUAACCAAGCUCAGCUCAGAAUCGUGUUACGUUAGCAAUCGAUUAAUCGUAUAAUUCGAAUAAUUAAUUGAUUGCAUUGUUUGCAAUUAGAUUUUAAAUGAAUUAUAUAACGGUGAAUUCGGAUAAGGAAGGUAUGGGUUAUAUAAAGUUAAAAAAGAAUGUUUUGUAGUUUAUGGUUUGUUUUUGGUGGACGUUUAUUACAAGAAUAACAAUAAAAUAACAACAAUAAAGAAUACCAGAACAAUGAACAAUAAUAGUAGAAACCCGAUGAUUAAAAUGCGACCUGAGCCCGAGCGUGUCUCUGAUCACGGUUGCGGUGGCGGUGGCUUUGGGUCCUCUAACGCCUAAAACUGGUGGUACUCGGUAUGGUUGACACGACGGUUCGCGUACUCGGUUUACCGUGAUUGUUUUGUGACGUACUCACGCGUCGAACGUGGAACUGGAAUCGACGGCAACGAGCCGGCAUGGGGUCGCACACCGGUGCUCGGACGUUACAUGAUAUUAUACACAGCGUAUAAGGGGAUUGCAUUAUGGACCGAGAUGAGGAAAGAAAAAGGGCGGGCGAUUAAUACCCAUAUGCACACGUGUCAAUCGAUAUAAAUUAAAUUCCCUUCUUUAUCUUAUGCCUACCCAACUCCUGACCCACAAUAGCGGUCUGCCCGUGGUGCGAUGUUUAUCCGUCCGUUUUUGUUUUUGUUUUUUUAUCGAAAUACUCGUUCUUAUUUAAUUAUCUAUCUCGGAUCUAUAGACAAUCGACUCAAUGUGAUGUAACAACAGACAUGCCAGGUUUUUCGAGUUUCUCACAAUUUCUCAACUUAUAAUGGUCCAGAAAAACUUUUUCGAUAGAGUCCUAUUACGAUUCAUAAUCUGGAUUGAAAGUUACAGUCUGGGUUAAACAGAUUAUUACGUUUCUUUCAAUCUGGAUUGAUUUGGAUUUGGUGCUCAUCGUUGAGCAUAUUUCGAUACAAUAAGUGAACGCAAUUUUGAAACACUUAUGCCGUUUAGACCAGAAAAAGAAUAAUUCAAAUAAAAAUAGAGGGGAAAAAAUUACACAAGACAAUUAAUGUUAACAAUACUUAGGUCAUUUCUCCCCGAGACCAAAGAUUUAUUCACGCGACAAAUUGACCGAUAUACCAAUAUACCGAUGUAGAUUAAAUUCAAAUAUUUUUGUCAUAUUAAUAUUAAUUACCACGUGUAAUUCAUGGCGUAAACAAAUAACUCACGGGUUAAUCCGUGACUAAAUCAAUCAAACGGAUUGAAUUAACAACGUUUAUCACUCUUGAUGGUGACAUACGACCACUAAGCUUUAGAUUUACUCAUCAAAUAGAUUUAAUAUUUGUUAAUAAAAUGUAUCAGUGUUACCGGUCUCGAUGUGUUCGAUUUUCCAACGUCAAGCAGUUUUCUAUACAAGAAGCCAGUAUAAUAUGCAAAUCUACCAAUUCAGUGGCCUAAGUGGAUCGCAUAGAAAAAGGUGUGCGGCCGGUGUAAUUUAUCGUACCUUCCUAAAUAUGCGGAGAACGAAAAAAUCAAAAUGUAGGCUGGGAAAUUUAAACAGAUGUUGUUGUUGCUGUUUUUUUGUUUUAUGCGCAAAUAGUAAAAUUCAGUUAAGCGAAUCAUUCAGAGGUGAAAGCUUGUAUAUUUUAUCGAAAUCGACUGGAUCGGAAAAUCUAAAUCGAAUUUGAACGCUGCUCUGAAAUAUCGAAUGUUCAUAAUGCAUAUUAGUUUUGAACUAAUAUUGUAUUAUCGCAACGAUUAAGUGCGAUUUCAAUAUUCGACUUGUAAAACCAUCGCGAACCCCGAACGAAAAUAUAGUAUUCGGCAACCUUAUUUUUUUCGACUUUUCAUCAAAGGGUGACCUUUUUUAAUUUUAUUAUUUUUUUUUUUUUUUUAACUUUUUGUUUCCACUCUCUAAAACAGGGUAUUAAAAAAGUAGAACGACCGAAAAAAAGGGUCAUCGAAUUAUUGGUAACGAGGGUCAAAAAAAAAAAGAAAAAAAGAAGCUUCGCAGGGUUGUAAUAAUUAUUAUAGCUGUAAAAAAAUCGUCCAAACCCUGAAAAACCAAAUUCAUGGUGUUUUCAGUGCACGUAAAAUUUAACUACAUUUCGACGGAUUUGAAGACGUGUUAUCGGGUGUGUUUUUAUGUAGGAAAAAAUGUUCACAUCGUAUCAAUUAGAAUACAAAUGAGUAAAAAAAAAAAAAAAACCAGAAAACGAUUUUGAGUGGAGUUAAGGUUAAUAUGUCUUGAUAUACAUUAAAACAUCAUAUAUUUUACACGAAAAUCAAAAAUUUUUAAUCCAUACACAAAUCGUAAAAUAACACUAAAUAGAUCGUGAUUUUUACUAAAAUUAGAUCUCUCAACAUAUACAAAAAAAAAAAAAAUAAAAAAAUAACCAUUGAGCAGUUUAACUCCGAUUUUAGAGUAGAAUCUGUUCACUUUUUUUAUACUGGUAUUAUAUAAAAAUAAUCUUUGCAAAUAUAGUAUAUGAUACUAAUACAUCACGCCAACGGUAGGAGUGUGGGUCAAAUGUUGAAACCCCCAAAAGGAAUACUAAUGAUAUGCAUACACACAAUUUCAUUCCACUAUCCGUAGGGGUAAAGCUAAAAUAACACCAUAUUCCCGUAACAACAUGGUUAAGUUCAUAUUAAAAUUCAACGGUUAGAUUCCAGGCUACCUAACGUACAUUUUUAGGCUACCUAACUUUAUCAUUUCGAUCCUUCGACAAAACAAGUGUAACUCCCAGAUUUGAGCAUGUAUAGUUUAGAGAGAGUCCCUACACAAAUGUCCAAAAGUACCGGGGAAAAAAUAAAUAAUAUAUAAAUAGAAUAUAUUAUAUAUAGAAUACAGUACAGUGCAGUAGUUCCUAUUUUCGGGAAAAAUUCGACAAAAACCGCGAUUGUGUUUUUAAUUUAUUCUAGUGUCAUAAAAAUACUUAAUGAUGAGCCUUGUUUUAAAUUUUCGAGUAUAUUUUACGAAUAAAAAAAAAAAUUGAUUCAUUUUCAACCAAAUGAAACUGAAAAAACCUUAAUAAUUUUAAAUUGUUAACGCAAGAAUAUUUUUUAAAUUGUACGUUACGUCUGGAAAAGGCUAAUAUAAGUAUUCGGUGACAAUUAAAGAUUUCGAAAACUAUUUCAAACUAAAUUACACACACACACACACACACACACACACACACAAAAUCGAAAAUAACAAAACCAGUUACUGGGUAAAUACUGCCGUAUUCAAACGUGGUUUCUCGAUUUUUCUAUUUGUUGAGAAAGCUACAAGGGAAAUCAAAAAACGACCUUCUAAGUUUUUUUUUUUUUUUGCAUCAACCAGACUAAAUAAUUUACUAACAAAACUACCCCUCAAAGGUUUUGGUAGAACUAUUGUUUACAGACAGAAAAAAGAGCACAUAUUAUUAAAAUUAUUAUUAUUAUUAUUAUUAUUAUAUAAUAGUGAAACCAUAUUAUUCUUCUACUACGCUCAGAAUUUACAAAAAAAAAAAGAAAAAAAUUAACGACAAAGUAUAUUGUUGUAGAACCAAUUCGUUUCAGUAAUAACACGUAAAACUUUGUAAUUAAUUGAAUGUAAUUUUUUUCUCGGCCUACUGUUUAUUAUAAAGCUACCGACCAAAUAUUCAUCAACCAGUACCUACGAUUAACAAACGGUCAUGUAACGGUAUUAAUAAUUUAUUUUGCAUAUAUUAAAUACAAGCUGUGACGACAAAUUAUUGUAAAAUGAUAUUCAAUAUAUGUUAAUUUAUAGAUAGGUAUACGUGUAAUUGCUAACAAAUACAACGCACAGAUAUACUGUACUAAACUAGGUAUUUAUCAAAAAUCGAUACAUGAUAUGUACCUAUAACUAUUUUAAAACCUAAUGACACCAGGUAUUAACACAAAUAUCAUUUUAAUAUAGUUUUAAUGCAAUCUUAAAAACUUUGAAUAUUGAUACAUCAACAAAUUACCAUAAUUAUUACGUUAAAAUAACCAUAAAUAGUUAUUUAAAUAUGAUUUUUUUAUUAAAAAAAAAAAAAAAAAAACAUUCUUCUUCUUUUCCUUCACAUUUAUCCCAAUUAUUUGGGAUCGACCAUACUCAUCUUAAACUCACAUUUAACCCAACCUUUGUCCACAUUAUCGGUUAGGGUAGGUUAGUUCUCAUAUUAUUUUCAACUGCAUGCAUUGCAACCACUUCCUCUUAUUUUCUUUCAUCAUAUGUUUAUUUUCAUUACUAUUCUUACUGCUUUUGAUUCCUUUCUCUACAAGAUACACCAAACCAUCGACGUCUAUUUUCCCUCAUUUUUCCAUCAUCGAACCCACUCCUAUGAUUACUCUAAAGUACUCUUAUUCUGUCUUUCCUCGUUAUUCCACUUAUCUACCUAAGUGUUCUCAUUGUCACUACAUUCAUUCUUUGUUAUAUUUUUAUGCCUACUACCCAAUAUCCCAAAUUACACAACAUUUUCAGUAUAGUCAGUAUCACUACACUUUUGUAGAACUACUUUAAAUUAUCAUUUGAAUUAUCGUGUUCAUGAAACACCUGGGAGAGGUGUGGUAGAACACAUUUUUUUUUGUUAUUCUCCUAGUACCUUCCUCUGAGAAGAAGUUUAUUUAAUUUAAAAUUCAGUUUUAAACAAUUUAAAAUUUUUAUAUCAUUAAUUUUGUAUAGUUAUUUUUUAAUAAUUAAAAGUACUAUUUAUAUUUGUGCUAUAAUAAUGUUUUUAACACGGUCAUAUUUUAAUAAAAUAUUAAUUAAUUAACCAUUUUAGAUACCUAAUAUAGAUUAACCAUAUUAGAAUUGAUUUUAAAUAUUUAAAACUAAAUGUUCACUACACACACUUCACACGUUUUUUUAGCAAAAUAUUGUAUAAAAAAAAAAAAAAACCAUCUUAGUAAAACCAUUACAUUUUUCGCUACACACUGAAGAGUCUGAAAAUAUAACAUUGAUUUAAUUAGCUCAAUUAAUGUUAUUUUCUAAAUAUUUAAAAAUAAACUUAAAAUAACGUUAAUAUUAUAUUUAACUUUGCAAAAUGUUUGUUGGCUGGGAAAGUGCCAUUUGUUCACUAAUUGUAAAAUAUUAGAAGGACUUGGAUGUAUUUUGCGAUCGUAUUUUAAACUCGUAAUUGUCGAAUCGAAACCAACAUUUUGACUCGUUUUUUUCACUUUUUUUUUCUUCUUUUUUACUUGUAGUUCAUUUAAAUAUUUAAACUAACGAGAUGCUUUUAAUUACUGAAUGAUGAGACGUCGAAUCUGGACUAAAGAAACUUGCAACUUAUAAUGCAAAAAGAACUAUAUAUAGAUACAGAACUAAUAAUACUUGUCCGAAGAAAAUCCUCUUCGUCUCCCGCAUAAUGAAAAUACAAAUUAAACUUUUACUUUUUUAAACGUAUAACUGGAAUAAUUUAUUUAAUGUCGAACAGAAUAGAUUUUUUUUUUUUUGUUAGACUUAUUAUUAAAAUUAAAGUUGUACAAACAUAACGAAAUAUAACGCAUUCGAAAAUUACAUUAAGUAGUCUUUUUCGAUCGCGUUUAACUUUUUUAUUUCAGAUUAAAACGAUUGAAAUUUAAUGCAGCGUGCAAUAUAAUAACUACGCAUUAAAUAAAAUCGAUUAGUACUUGUAAGACUGCUAAUAUAACAUAAUAUAAUUAGAGUUAUUAAUAUAAUAUAAUUAAUAUAAUUAAAUAUGUAUAUGUAUUAGUGUGGUCCAAAAAAACGAAAUUUAAUAUGACUAACCUCCCAUUUUUUUAAAUUGAUAUGAAAAAAUGAUUUUGUGUAAAAUAUGGACUCAAUAAUUCUUCCCCUUCCCGUGCCGCUAUAGGGUUGAAAUAUGGCACAAAGAGGUUGAUUUUCAGUUCUUUUUCGAUUAUUUUUGAUAAUUUGAUUUUAGUUUCGGAUCUGUUUUGUUGUAUCUUGUUUAUAAAUAAAUAAAUACAAAUUUAUGUAUCCAAAAUAUUUCGAAAUAUUUGAAAAUUAUAUAAAUAAUUAAUACAAAUAAUUUAUUAAUAAAAAAAAAUUAAAAAUAACCCUCUUGUGUUCAACUCCAUUGAGGAACGGGGAGAGGAUGAGUUCUCGGGUCCACAUUUUCACAAAAUAAUUUUUCUAUAUCAAUUAAAUAAUGGGGGUGGGGCUUCUCAUUUUUAAUUUCUCAAGAAAAUGUCAAUUUUAUAUAGAUUUGGACCACCCUAUUUUGUAUAGGUACCUAAUUUGUUUUUCGCUCUAAAAUAUAAAAUUCGUUGUGUGUAAGAGUACUCGGGGUACCGUCACGAAAACAUAAUAAUAAUGUGUGUAAUGUGCUAAACACAUUGUGUAUUACAUAUGCAAUAUAAUGUGAACGUGUGCGCGUUCGAGCCAACAAUACGAACAUUGACAAUUUUCGAUAUUAACCCUCUAGAAUAAAUUCACCGAUUUACAUAUAUACAUUUUAUUAUAUUAUAUAGUAGCUGCACACACUUGACGGAAUCAAUACUUUCACGAAAGGAAUACUCGCAGAUUGCAAACACAGUUUUAUUAUAAUUUCGUCCAAACGGUAUAAACUGAAAAAAAAAAAAAAUAGAUACCUAAUAACCACAACAGAUUUCGUUCGGGGCAGAUAUUUUGCACACUUGGAAAUAAUAUUAUAUUUUAUAAUAGAUGUUGACGGGUAGGUAUACAGAGUGAUUAUUUUAUUACGAUCCGACGACUUUCUCGGAGGACUUUAAGUCACUUUUUUCUGUACAUUUUUUUUUCCGAUCAUUAUGCAUGGAUCGGUUAAGCUGCGUUCAAAAUAUGUUCUCUUACUAUCUAUUGUACCAUAAAUGUGAGUGUUAAUAUUUGGUUUCCCAACGAUAAACAUCUGUUUUCUAUGCAGAUUCGAAAAAAAUAAUAUUUUUCUAAAAAAUUUGAUAUAUUGAUAGGAUUUGCCGUUUAUGGAGUAUAAUAGUUUAGAAUUUUAGACCGGAGACCUAAGGGACGGUUAAAUAUUGACAACAAUAUAGUGGCGGUAAUGGAUCACAAUGAAGUAAUCGCCCCGUUGACGAGAUAUUCCAAUUAGUUUGGGUAGAGGGAGAGCAGUGGUGCUCUAUUAACAUGCCGUGCACCGCGCUACCCCAGAAAUGAUGCUUCACUACCAUCACAUUAUAUCUCUAAAACAAUUAACAUAUGCAUGGAAUAUCUCAUAACAGGUUGACAGAAAUCAAAAAUGUCAACACCAAAAUUUAUUUUGAACAAUACGCCAUCUAUUAAUGGGAUUUUUAGUAUAGUUUUCCAUACGAAAAUCAAAAGAAGGCAGUGGUCAGUUGACAUGUUUUUAGUCACCAAAAAUAAAGCCGACGAAAAAUAAUAUAAAUGUAUUUCUGAAAUAUUCUAUAAAACAAAUUACGAAAAAAAGGUUAUACUUUUCUGUAUACGUAAUUAUUUUAAAAUAAAGCGUAACUGUUAUAAUCUUUCCAAAACGUAUCCUACAGUCAAGUGUGGAUUAUGGUCAUAGUCUUAGGGAAGGGUGUGGUCUUUUGUAUUCUUGGCGGGGCAAUUUUAUCAAGAGCAUUUUUUUUUUUUUUUUUUUAAUGCAGUCAUCGUAUUAUACAGGUACGUACGUAUAUAUUAUAUAGUCAUAUUUGGAUAUAAGGUAUUUGUAGUUCUAAAAACUACAAAAAAGUACUUAGGAGGUAAAUUCAUAUCAAUUUCGAUAAAUUUUUCAAAUAAAGAGCAAGAAACCUUUUUUUUAAAAUUUGAAAUGGAAAAAAAUGGAGCAUUUUUUAUACUUAAUCGAAAGCGUGUUUUAAAAUAAAAAAACUACAAAUUAUUAUUAAGCUAAAAGUUUUUUCGCCACACUUAGAAUCUAAAAAAGAAAAAUCGAAAAAUACACGUAACACAGUAUCACAAUCUCUUUAGCCUUAUCCUCCACUUGAUCCAAAUGUCCGAUUUGUCCGAAACCAUCACAAAAAAUCAUUAUGAGAUUUAUGUAUAUUUCGUAUAACGACCAAUAAAUUAUUAAUGUACAAUUUUCGACAGGGGGAAAAAACAUGUUUUUCAUCGUAUUAUUUGUACGUAUGUGACUUUUUAACAAGCGCUUUAUUUAUUUUAAUUAGUCCUCGGAGUACCUACCUACCACCUACUGUUUGUUUCGUUUUGUCUUAAUUGACUGGUUUUACUGUCGCAGCAUCAGUAUCGUAGUAAUUAUGAAUACGUCAUUUUAAACGUCCCAUUAAUAUCUAAUCCGAAUCCGAGUUAGUAACAUUGCACGUAGUUAUCCGAGGAUUACAAUUAUAUCGUUACAAAGUGCUACGCGUUUUCAUCGGUCGGGGGCAUUAACCCCGCGCUGUUUGACAAAAUGUGAAAAAAAUGAACAAACAAAACAACACAGUUUAACCGUUGUGCGUUUCGAAUAAUAGAUAUUUAUUUAAAAAAAAAAAAAAAAAAAAUUCCGAUUGACGAAUGGUCAAAUCAUACAAUAUUUUAUUAUUUAUUUGCACACAAAACAAAACGAAUUUUAUUAGGCCAUUGCGAACACUCGGUAUAUAGGUUAUGUCCUCGUGACAAGUUAUUUUAGGCGUGUAUUAUAGUCCAGCGAAUUUUUCCAUUAUUUGAAAUCCUAUUAAAAUUCGUAUAAAAUAUUCAAAUCGUUCUUUUGAUCGCGUCGAUGAAAUUCGGUAUAUAUUGUACGAAUGUUAUACAUUUUGAAGCGUACAUAAUAUUAUGAUAAGUAAACCGUGCAUUUGAAAAACGACUCUGAUCAGUGCUUGUGUAGCUCACCACAUAUUAUUAUUAUUAUUUCGAUCGAAGAAAAGAAGAUUGCAUAGUGCACUUUUUUUUUUUUUUUUUUUUUAUAUAUUUCUGUUUUUCGGUAAUAUAUGUAGAUGGGAUUUAGUCUGUAUUAAAAAAAAAAGAAAUUUAUUUAAUAAAUAAUCUCAAUGAAGUUUGUUGAAUCGUCCGAAUUACUCAGCUGUAUUGGGAAUUAAUGACACAAUGUUAACAAGCCCAUGUAUACACUUUGAUUUUCUAUUGUACCUAAUUUAAAAUUAUAUCUUCUUCUCCCUAUCUUCGUCCCAAUUAUUCGGAUUCAGCCACCUUUAUCCUAAACGUCCACUCUCCCGCAUCGUCAAAAUAUUUUAUCGUAAUAAUUAAAUCUCAACAAUUAUUCAAUUUAUACACUUAUCUAUAUUGAGAUUUUUUUUUUUUUAUAAAGAAGCUGUUAAAUGUAAAUACAAAAUGCUUUAAUAUUAGAGAUAUUCAUACAAUGUAUAAAAUAUUUUAUAUUUUUGAAUACUUUUACAGAUUUUUUUUUUUUCUUUAAUGUGGGAAUUGAAUUUCGUAUAACUCCACUGGUAUGCGUAUUAUUUAAAAUAGUAUAAACACACUAUAGAGUCUUAAAGUUCACGGUUCAACAUUUUUGCUAGUUGAUUGAGCGAAAAAUGCAAAGUAAUGUAGUUAAAAUGUAUAUUAUACUUAAAACUCUAAAGGUUAAUCGUAUAUACUACUAUAUAUGAUAUAAUACAAAUACAAAUACGAACGGUAUACGGCAUACGCAAUUAGUAAAAGUAUAUUUAAAAAAAAAAAAAAAAAAUCAGACAUAAUGUUAUAACUUAUAAAUAAAGAGUGAAAUCGAUAUUACGAGUAUCACGAGUAUAUUUAGAUAUUUAUCGAUUUAUACCGUAAUAUGUGACGAUUUAUUUUUUUUCCAGAUUUGUUUAUGAUAAGGAGGAGGGGAGGGGUUAUUGAAAAUUAUAAUUCUUUAAUUUUAUUAAAUGAAACUGUAGUAGUUUCAACAUUACUCAGGAUCUAAUAGACCUAUAAUCAAAAUUAUUCACCAAAGACGAAAAGACGUUUUCAAAUAGGUAUUUCUCGAUAUGUCCCAUAUACAGCUGUGUAUUAAUAUGAACAAAUAAUAAAACGAUAAUUAUUUUAAAGUUUGAUUAUGCUCGAUUAGUAUACCUGGGAAAUAGAUAUCCGAAAAUACCCAUAGUAAAUGUUGUCGUCUUUAAUCCGGCGAAAUAACUUUUUCUUUUAGGUCUGUUAGAUACCGAAUACUAUAGCAAUAACGAAAUCACUUUUUCGACAUAUUGCCCGUUAGAAAAUCGGAGACGACAAAUGUAACCUUGAUCCCCCCUCCCGUCACAAAAUUUUUUAUACAACAUAAUUUUAUAAUUUUGUUAAUUUGUUAGUUAUUUUGAACUAUUCGUACAAUAAUAUCGACAUUUCUAAAUAUAUCUGGAAAACGUAUGCGAAUAUUAAAAAAAACCGAAAAUAAUAUUUAAUAAUAUUGUUCGGAUAAAAACUUUCAAAAGAGGAUUUAAUGAAAUUAUCAUCGGUAGAUUUUUUCCAGUGACAUAGUAUUUAGUAAAGUCGUAUAUUAAAUCGUUAUUCACUAUAACGGCUAUGUAUGAAAAAAAAAAAAUAACGAUAAUUUUUGACUUUAAUAUUAUUAAUUCCAUAAUCCGAUUUAUAUACUUGAAACAGAAAAGAUACCAGAAAGAAAUGUUUCAAGGACGAGUCGUAUCAUAUAGCCAAUGUAUUUUUUUUUUUAUACUUUCCUAGUGUAGAACGAAAUAUCAUCUCUACAGUGAAGAAAUUAUAUCACAAAACUAUUAUCUUUUUGUAUGGUAAAUUUGAUUUAGACGGUUUAUACGAGUUUCUAAGUAUCGCGCGGGAGAAGUUUCCACGGCUAUUCCCGUCUGUUAUAUGCAAACGAUUGAAAAUGUCUAAAGCAAUUGAUAUUGUGUUUGCACCAGUUCGUAAACGUUGAUGAUAAUGUGAAAUGUUACGUUAUAGCAAGCGGACAUUUUUGUGCAUACAGAUAUUUGAAUUUACGAGCCAAACUUUGGACUUUGUAUACAUCGAAUUCCGAUCCUACAUUAUAAUAUGUACGUGUUAAUACGACCGACGGCGUUCACUCUAUUGUAAACUCGGGAAAUUACUGUUAUCCGGACGAAUCAACGAAAAGCGAAUGGUUAUAAUAUUUCGUGUUAGUAUCAUUGCUGAUAACGAUUGACAUAUGACAACCUUAACACCGACGUGCUUUUUAAAUGUCGUUUCGGAAAUAAAUAUUUUCGGAAAACGCAACGGCUGUGUAAAGUAUAUUAUAUAUUAAUAUAAACGGACAAUUGAAUAUCACUGCUGCAGAUGGCCGCUGAAAUAUUGUGAAUAUAUUCAAGUGAGGGGAAAAAAACGAGGGGUAAAAAAUGCGAACGAGCGUUUAAAUUUAACUUUUGAGCGUCGGCCGUCAACAUAAUACCGUGCGACAACGAUCGCGAAAAAACGAGACGAGUGGCCGCAACACUAUUCGUUGUCGUGUUUCAUUUUUUUUAGUUUUCAUUUUCUCUUUCAAUAGAAUAUAAUACCUACAUUUAUUUUUUGUUGUAUUAAACCGUGUCCAGCCGUAUCGCGAAGGCGGCAGAUCGUAACAUUAUUUCGGGAGGGGCUAUUCAAAGACUGCCGGCACCCACGUGAUUUAAUAGCUGACAAAAACAGGAAGCCGCCACACGUACGCACGCGUACUACAACCCUACCGCUCCCGAUAUACUUAACGCUUAGAGUGGUCCCCUAAAAACAGAACCAUAAUGCGAGAUUAAAAAACCAUUAAGUCUAAAGUAAUUAAGGUGAAAACUAUUAAAAUAGUAAACAUUUUUUUUUUUCUUAUACGCCAACUCGUUUUCAAUGUUCGUACUGAAUUUACCUUUCGCGUGUGACGAAGAGGGUACGAGUAUAAUUUUAAUUUUACUGCAAGAUAUGAUUUUACGUUUUCUCUCAGAAAACAAUUUUUCAUGAUACUUCAAGAGAUGCGAAUUUCUGCUUUAUUUUAUUUGAAACGUUUUUUAAAAUGUCUAUUGAUAAACCUUUUCUUUUUUUUGGUCUUCUAUAAUUUCUACAAAAUAAAUAUUUUCGAUGUAAUGGUGAUCAAUACAUCGUGCUCAGAAUUGUUUUUUUUUUUUUUGUAUAAUAAUUUAUAGUUGGUUUCGUUGUUACAUAAAUUAAAUUUCAUAAUGUGUUAUUUUUACGUUCCCGGAUUCUCGACUUCCCUCCUACAAUAGUGGUCUAUCAACCACGCGAAGUAUAUAUCGGUCAUAUGUUUGUACACAAUAUAAUAAUAUUAUAAUUUGAAUCAAAAAUUAAUAUUUCAAACUCUAAUGUUGUCUAUAUUAUAGUCAUUGAUGAUUUUGGUAUAAUUAAUUUCUAACAGAACAAAUUAAAUGUUAUCAGUUCAAUAACCUUAUCAAUAACCUUUAAUCGUGCUACAUUGACGUUCCCAACUUACUAUAAUUAAACGAAAAUUAUUCAAAAUUUAAUCGAUAUAAUUGUAUUCAUGCGAUUCGUAUUUUUGAUUGGCGAUAUUUUUUUUUGAUUAUUUGUCUUAUUAUUGACUAUGCGGGGCCAUGAAGUUAGACAGUUUUUCAGACAACCUCUAAAAAAAAAAAAAAAACGUCAGUUUUACAAAACGUCUAUUCAACUACAGUCGAUAAUAAAAACACGUUUACGAUGAGUAUACAUAUUAUUAUAUUUAAUUUAGUCGCAACGGCAUUUGGAGUCACGGUCUUUCCUGAUUCUCGAUCUUCUAGUAUAAUAUUUAGUAAGUAUCUAUCAAAAUGUUACAGCACGCGGAGCUUAAGUGCACUGCGAGAAACAAAUAGUGCAAUUUAAUCUUGUUUUUAGUAUACACGAUGUUUUUGAAAAGAAUUUAACUCCGCGUUUUUAUAUUAUCAGUGUAUAUUAUACAUGGACACUGGAGGUACAUUACAGGUAGGUAUAAGUGAUAUAAGCGUAUUAUAGGUAUGAAAAUAUCGAUGAUAUUAUAGUACAUAAUUAUUUCUUGCAGACUGCCGAUUUUAAAUAUAUUGAGAUUUUCAAUUUUAUCCUCGAAAACACGAAACCACGUAUUUUCAAAUAAAUAUUACAUAAUGUAAACAAUACUCUCGAUAGUGUUAUACUAGUAACAAAAACAAAAAAUAUUGAAAUGUUCACGUUAUCUCAUUUGCUUAUAAUUGUAAUAAUAAAGUACAAAACAAAUUACGAAAUUACAAACAAAUAAUUACGGUUAAGAAAAAAAAAAGUGAUAAUUUUAAUUACAACACUAUUAAAUUAUUACGAAAAUUUCUUCGUCUGUAUGUGCCAUAUAGAUUUCGUUGUUUCAACAAUAGUGUCCGUUGAUUUUUGUGCAAUUCAGUUACCUAUAUUUUUAAAUAUUAUGUUUAAGAUUGGUAAACGUGAUCCCGGUUUUCGAUCGACAUCGGAUGAUGUCCAGAAUUUCGAAAUACUUCGAAAUCAAUGUUUAAAGAAGGGAGUACUUUUUGAAGAUCCAGCUUUCAAAACAGUUAAUUCUUUGGCAUACGGUAGCAAAACACCGAAGAAUAGGUUGGAAUGGCGAAGACCAGGCGUGAGUGUAGUUUAUCGAUUUAAUUUAAUACAUAAAUAAAAACGUGUUGUAUAUUAAAUCCGAGUCUUAUUUUCAGGAACUCACAAAAAAUCCUAAGUUUUUUAUAGAUGGAGUGUCACGAUUCGACAUCAACCAAGGAGAUUUGGGUAAAUCAAUGGAAAAUUACCUAUUAUUUUUGAAUUAAUGAUACUAUUUAAUAAUUACGCACGAAGUAGAUUAUAGUUAACAAUAAAUACAAUUUAAUAUUAUUUUCAAUUCAUAUAGGUGACUGUUGGUUAUUAGCUGUUAUGGAUACUUUAACUAUGAACGAAAAACUUUUUUAUCACGUAGUCCCUAACAAUCAAGGAUUCGAUGAAAAAUACGCUGGUAUAUUUCACUUUAGGUAAACGGAUUUUUCAUUUUUGUUUUAAAAAAAUGAAAUUUUUUUUCGGUUCCGAGCGGAACGAGGAGAUUAUUAGUUUUACUACAACGUGUGUUAAUUUUUUAUUCUACCUGUUAACAACCAAACAAUCUGUUUCACCAAAAAUCUUGCUUCAAUCAGAAAACUACAAGACAAUUUUAUUAGUAACAUUUUAGACUUAAAUGAUGCAUUGAGCAAGUCAUUUUUUGUUUUUCCAAGCAGUUUUAAAUCAGGCACGUAGCCAGAAUUUUUCGUUUUUUUUUUGGGCGGGUAGGGGGGUUUCAAGCAUACAAUUGAUCACCGAAUAUCAAUAAUUUUACCAAUAAUCAGAUAUAUUUGAAAGUAAUCUUAAAUUUCAGGGGAGGGGGUUCAGACACAAUGAACCCUCUGGCUACGUGCCUGGUUUUUAUAAUAAUCGGAAUAAGCGUAUAGGAAAAGCUGACACUUUUCAUUUUUUCAUAGUUCACUUAUAUUAUCCAUUUUUAUACAUGAUACAGUUUUUAAAAUAUUUUGAUUUUUUUUAAAAAUUAUUUAUAGAUAUUUAACAUUUUUACAUUUUUUAUUUGGUUUUAUGUGGAUACAAAAGUUUUGGCCGAGCAGAAAUGUUUGAAAAUUUCAUUCGAGGUUCAUAAGUUGAAUUUGAUGGUAGUAAAAUAAAGUUGAGCGUCAUGAAGUCAUUAUUUUAUAUGCAAUUUAUGAUUAAAUUUUGACAAAGACGUAUAAUACGUCAUUUUAAAACAUGAUUAACCGAAAUUCGCUUAGAAUCGUAUUUUGAUAUCAAUGAUUUAUCUACAGAUAUAAAUUAAAUAAAUGCACGUAUUCUUUCUUCUCAAUUUCCCAUCUAUAACAGUGGCAUACCCAUCAGCAUUAUUAGCUUUUGUUUUCAAAUGUUUCAGAUUUUGGUAUUGCGGCAAAUGGGUAAACGUUUUUAUAGACGAUCGUUUGCCAACUAAUAAAAAAAACGAAUUAAUAUAUAUUAAAUCAUCAACUAAAAAUGAGUUUUGGAGUGCUCUUUUAGAGAAAGCCUAUGCCAAGUAAGCAUACUGUAUUUAUUGUACUGUAUGUAUUUAUUUAUUUCAUUAAACUUUAACUUAUUUCAUUAGUCUUGGUAAGUAUAUACUCAAUAAUACACGUAAUAUAAUUUAUUGUCGACCAAUAUAAUUAAUGACUAAUUAAUGAGUAAAUUAUUACCAUUAGUACCAUUAUCUUUGAUGUCAUAUUUAAUGAUAUUUAAUAUUUUACUAUUUACACAGUGAUUUAUUUAAUCUAAACCACUUAUUAUUUCGCAAAAUAUUGAUUUUUUUUAAAAACAAGUAGCUUUAAAAUGUUAUUUUAUCUGUCUCACAUUUACUACGCUACCAUUAUUUUUUUAUCAUCUUUUUUUUUUGGAAGUGAAAUGACUAACUAAUUUUGAUUUUCAAAUAGCCAACUAUAUUAAAAAUUCCAUAAAUAGAUGGAGUACUAUAUAAAUAAAAAAAUAAAUACAUUUUCGUCUAGAGUUUGUUGAUUUUCGUCAACCUGUUGAUGAGAUAUUUCACACUUAUGUUUGUUGUUUUAGUGGUAGAAAGUAAAGGAAGUGAAGCAAAAUGUCCGUGGUUGCGCAAUUUACGGUAUUUUAAUAACGUUCCACUAAUCUCCUUCUACCAAAAAUUUAAAAGUCGACGGUCGACAGAAAAAGGUUGACGGGAAUCAAAAACCAUUUAAACUCAAAAAAUUCAUUUUAAGUAAUGCACCACUUAUUUAUGAAAUUUUAAAUAUAGGUUGCUGUUUGAAAAUCAAAGAAUAUACCUAGUCGUUUCACCACCAAUGGUGACAAAAAUAAUGACAAUGUGACAUUUUAGAGCAGUUUAUUUUUUUUUUAAUUUAUCAAAAAAAAAAAAUAUGUUAAAAUAAAUUAAAAAAUUGUAAUAUAACGAGUGUUUUCCGUAAAAUAUGUAUUCUGUAGAUUAAAUAAAUAUGUUUUAUAUAUAUAUAUAUAUAUUUUUUUUUUUUUGUAUCGUUCGCUAGAUUCAAAGGAUCAUACGAAGCGUUAGACGGAGGCUUCAUUCAUCUGGCUAUGAUGGACUUCACUGGUGGUGUACCAGAAAUGUUCGAGUUAAAUGUCCCACCACACGAUUUGUUUGAGAGAAUGCUUAAAGCUUUUCAGCAAAAAUCUCUGUUAUGUGGUGCAAUUUCUAAGGUAAUAUUAAAAAACAAAGCAAUUCGAAAUUAGAUAAUUAAUUAAAACUAAUACUCGUGUUAUUUAAACUACGAGGAAGUUCUUAAUAAAUGAUUCUGCAAAAGUAAUAUUUAUGUUUACUUCCCUGAAGUCUGAAAAUUUGUUUGUAUUAUAUUAAUCGGACAGUCUUAUAAUAAUAGUUAUAUCUAUACAUAAUUUUUAUUCGUAAAACGUAAAUUUUCAAAUGCAAAAUUUAUUAUAUUUAAAGGCUGAUUCAACCACUGAGGAAAAUAAAAACAAACAAGGCUUAAUUUGCAAACAUGCAUAUAGUAUUACCAGUGUAAUAUGCGUCAACAAACGUAUAUCUACAAACACUACUUCUAAAAUAUCUCUGAUUAGAAUUCGAAAUCCAUGGGGUGAUCAAACAGAAUGGAAUGGACCAUGGAGCGACAAGUAAGCAUACACAUUUUUUAUAUUAUACUAGCAUGUCCCGUAUGUUACUGCCCGUCAGUAUUGAACGAAAAAGAAAUUAAAACAAUAAAAACGUGUUUUCAUGUAACUCCCUGUUUUCAUCACCUAUCACUGCUGUUAAACAUUUUUGUCCGUAAAUUUGAAAAAAAAAUUAAUCUUCUUUUAUUUUAUUUUUAUCUUUUAGGAGUUGAAUUCAGCGAUAGUGCCUCGAGUCCCCUUCUUUGUGGCUAUGCCGCGAGGUAUAGCAUAGACCCCCUCCCUGCUCCUAGUCUUAAGGAAUACGUGUGUAGAAUUUAGUGUUGAUUGUUUGAGUAGUUUUCAAGUCUAUAUAUAGAUUAUUCACGAACAAACAAAGAUUUAAUUUUAUAGUUAUACCUUAAAGGCAUAUGUAUGCCUCAUAUAUAUAUAUUAUGAGUGAAUAAUUAUUAUUUAUUAUUUAACAGAUCUUCUGAAUGGGCAUUAAUAUCAGAUUCGGAAAAGAAGUCAUUAGGUUUGAAAACUGAUGCUGAUGGUGAGUUUUGGAUGUGGUACAAUGACUUUGUCAAAUACUUCUCUCGUUUGUGUAUUUGCCAUUUGGAUUUGAACGGUUUGAACAACGAACAACUCGGUGACGAGUCUAAUACGGGACGGAAAAUUUAUGCGUUUGAAGGUGAAUGGGUUCGAGGUACAACCGCUGGAGGAUCUCGUGAAUUUUUAAGUACACGUUUGGAAUUUUGUGUUGUCCGCAUAAUAAACUCUAAUAAAUAUAAUUAUUCAAUAUUUAGCUACGUUUGCCAAUAACCCACAGUACUAUUUUAAAUUAGAAGAUGCCGACGACGAUGAUGACGAACACAAAUGUUCCGUUAUUAUAGAUUUAACGCAAAAGAAUUCACGUACUCAGCAGAAGACUAAAGACUUAUUAAUUGGAUUUUCUGUGUAUCAGGUAACUUAGACAAAAUAAACAUUUAGUAUUAUAUUGUUUGUGUAAAGUAUUAAAUUAUAUAUUUAUAUUAUAUUAUAUUCUAAUACUUAGGUUAUCAACACAGACUCUUCGCAAAAACGAUUGGACACUAAUUUUUUUAAGAAUACAGCCCCUAUGGUGACAGAAAGUGGAAAAAGACAAAAUAUAUCUAGAAGAUUACGUUUAUUUCCUGGGACAUAUUGUAUUGUGCCGGCAACGUCCAAUCCGAAUGAACAGGGUGAAUUUUUACUCAGGGUCUUCUCAGAACAUAAAAAAAGCGUGAUGUAAGAGAUAAGUUAUACCAUAUUUGCAAUAAUAAGAUAUUUUUAAUAUUUAUUAAUGUUUAAAUGGCGUAUGAUUUAUUUUAGAGAAGACAGUCUGUCUAAGAAAAUUGACGAAAAUGUAGGAUUGGAUACAGUUGAUGUAAAGGUAAAACUAAUAUAAUUUAGUAUAUUAUAAUAAUUAAUUAUAAUUCAAUGGGUUGCAUUUGUUUUAGCUUAAAGGACAAAAUGCCGAGUUGAACAAAAUUGAUGAUGCUAGGCGAAAAAACAAAGGUUCCUUCUUUGCUGGUUUGGUAAAAUGCAUAAGUAAAUAGUAAAAAAUGUAUAUUUUCAUACAUAACAUCAAUCAAAAAUUGAAUCAUCUCCUUUUGGUUGAACUUUGUUCAAACAAUCAUAUGCCGCAACCUGCAGAGACCAGAACGAUUCUCUAUAUAAAAUUAGAUGUCAAUCGGAUUCGAGAUUUCCUCCAUCAAAGGAAUACAUAACAAAUUACGUUUUUGUUAUACAUACUCUUGAAUUAAAUUUAGGAAUUUUAAUAAAACUCAUAAAAAAUGGCAAUUGUAUUAUUGUAGUUCGUAAUGAACAUUAAAAAUGAAUGUGUCAUUUUUCGAGAUAUUCGUUUUUCGGGGAUAUCCUUGCCCUUUACGAAAUAAUUUGACGGUCUAUAAUAAAUAUUUAUCUAUAUUUACUAUUUAGCUGUUUAUCAAUCGUCGGUCGUUCUUAUUAUUAUUAUAUUUUUUUUUUUUUAUCGAUUAUUCUGAUGGACAAUUAAUCGGAACAGAGAAUGAUCACGAGUUAUUUUUCUAUUGAUCCUACGGUACUACAAACUAUAACGGUAAAAAAAUAAACAAAGGAAAACCAACAGAAAAAAGACAGACAGACAGACAGACAGAUUAUAUAUAAAUUUCGAUACGUGAAAUUGACAAGGUGUUGCAUUGUGCGUUGUGUCAAUUACCAAUGACACUAAUACCGAAUGACAGUAAAGGUAUCCCGUAUCUGUUAUUUAAUAUUUCUGGUUACUAAUGCAAUAUACUAAUGGGCAAUGAGAGUUAUUAAAAUGUCCAUGGUUUUAUAUCUACUUACAGAAUAUUAAUUCCGAUUCAUCGAUUGAUCGAAAUAAUCGAUCAGCCUUAAGUAUACUUUUACUAUAAUAUCUGUCACUGAAACAAUAUUUGCC